AACAUCGCUCCUCAGUGCCGCGCUCUCUCAGUGCGCUCCGACGUCACUACCAAAGACGUUGUCACGUGCCGAACUGCCGCUUGAACUUCCUGUUCUCAGUUCAGCACCAUGGCCAGUCUGCUUUCAGUGCAGUGCGUCGCCUCUAUGAGGAAAUGUGGAGGUGUAAUUCAUUUGGGGGUCGACAGACGAAGGUACAGGAGCAAAACUGCGUCUUCAAGCGAAUACUUGCAUCAAAGUGUAGUCCCUACUAUGCACUAUCAGAAGAGUUUACCCAGAUUGCCGGUACCAAAACUGGAAGACAGUAUCAGGAGAUAUUUAGCAGCUCAGAGGCCUCUGUUGGACGAUGACCAGUUCAGAGCAACAGAGAAAAUUGCCCAGGAUUUUCAGAGUGGUGUGGGAAAGCAGCUGCACGAGGAACUGGUAGCUCACGAUAAAAGAAAUAAGCACACAAGUUAUAUCUCAGGACCAUGGUUUGACAUGUACCUCUCUGCACGCGACUCUGUGGUGCUGAACUUCAACCCUUUCAUGUCCUUCAAUCCGGACCCAAAGGCAGAGUACAAUGACCAGCUUGUACGCGCAUCCAACAUGGUGUGUUCAGCUGUCCGCUUCAUGAAAACCUUGAGAGCAGGCUUACUAGAACCAGAGGUUUUCCACCUAAACCCAGCAAAGAGCGACACUGAUGGCUUCAAAAAUUUCAUCCGUUGGGUCCCAUCCUCACUGUCGUGGUAUGGAGCUUACAUGGUGAAUGCUUACCCCUUGGACAUGUCUCAGUAUUUUCGCCUUUUCAACUCCACUAGGAUUCCCAAACUUGGCCGACGAGACGAGCUAUUCACUGACGAGAAAGGUAGACAUGUCCUAGUAAUGAGAAAAGGCAACAUGUACGUCUUUGACAUUGUAGACAGGGAUGGGAAUAUGGUUAAACCUGCAGAGAUCCAGUCCCACUUGAAGUACAUUUUAUCUGACCUGACACAAGCUCCUUCCUUCCCCCUUGGGGUGCUGACCAGUGAGAACAGAGAUGUGUGGGCUGGGCUGAGAGACAAACUGAUAGCAGCUGGAAAUGCAGAGAAUUUAGCAGUUGUGGACAGUGCCCUUUUCUGUCUCUCCCUUGAUGAUGAGAAUAUGAAGGAUCAUAUUCAGGUCUCCCACAACAUGCUGCAUGGCAACGGUUGCAACAGAUGGUAUGACAAGUCUUUUACCAUCAUUAUCGCCAAAGAUGGACAGGCAGCCAUCAAUUUUGAGCACUCAUGGGGAGAUGGGGUGGCUGUCCUCCGCUUUCAAAAUGAAAUCUUUAAAGACACAACAGAAAAGCCACUUGUACACCCAGGCUCUACACCCACUCUUGCUGUGGAUUCUGGCUCUGCUGUUCGCAGACUGCAGUUCAAGCUUGACAGUGAGCUGGAGAAUGGCAUCAAACAAGCCAAGGUGAACUUUGAUGAAGCUGUGUCAAAACUUACCAUUGAUGCAAUGGAGUUUAAGAAGGGUGGGAAGGAACAGUUAAAGAAGAGUAAGCUGAGUCCAGAUGCUAUCGCCCAGCUGGCUUUUCAGAUGGGCUUCCUGAGGCAGUAUGGACAAACGGUAGCCACAUAUGAGUCCUGUAGCACCGCAGCAUUCAAACAUGGCCGCACAGAGACCAUCCGACCAGCUUCCAUACACACCAAGCAAUGUUCCUAUGCCUUUGUUUUCCAGCGUGGUAAACAGAGCAUAGAGCAGUUAAGGGCCAUGCUCAACGAAUGCUCUAAAUAUCACGGGCAGCUGACAAAAGAUGCAGCUAUGGGCCAGGGCUUUGACCGUCACCUGUUUGCCAUGCGAUUCCUGGCCAACAUAAAGGGCCAGCCUCUGCACAGUCUGUACACGGACCCAGCUUACACCGCCAUUAACCACAACAUUCUCUCCACGAGUACCCUCACCAGUCCAGCUGUCAGCCUUGGUGGCUUCGCUCCCGUGGUGCCUGACGGAUUUGGUGUUGGGUAUGGCGUCCAUGAUGACUGGAUUGGCUGCAAUGUAUCAAGCUACCCUUCUCGCAACGUCCACGAAUUCCUGCAGUGUGUCCAUAAGUCUCUAGAGGACAUUUUUACUGUUGUAGAGGGGAAGCCACUCAGAUAGUAAAAUAGGCAUUACCAUGAUUAAAGAAAAAAAAGUCAUCACUCAGCUUUGGUUAGUUGGUUAAUAUCUUUGAAGGAGGAGAAUAAGGUUAAUAAUAUAUUUCAUGCAAUGAGAAUAAAAGUCACAGAGCUUGGUAUCUAUAUCCUUCAGGAAAUAAAUAAAGGAACACAAGGAGAUUGAGGGGGUUUAAAGGGGUUUGAAUAUUUAAAUAUAUUUAGUCAUCUUUCCUUUAAAUCGUAAAUGUGAAAUGAAGCAGAAACUUCAAUCUUGACCUCAUAAUGCGGCAUACACGUACCAUAAUGAAAACCACAUCAAACCUCACACAAAUGGUUGCUGUAAACUACUGGUAAUUAUUAUUUCCAAAGUUAUGACCUCAUCGUCAUCAGUCAGGUUUAGAUUUUAGCUGCUAUAUAUUUAGAUUAAACAGUGAGUGGUAGCUUGUUGUUGCUUGUUGCUGUGCUUUUCUAUCUCUCUAUCCUCUCACCCCAACCGGUCGAGGCAGAUGGCCGCCCACAUCCAGUCUGGUUCUGCUGGAGGUUUCUUCAUCGUUAGAGAGGGAGUUUUUUCUCUCCACUGUUGCUGUCAAAUUAAAUGCUUGCUGUAUGUGGGAUUUGUUGGGUUUAGUUGUGUGAGGUUUUAAACCUUACUUUGUAAAGUGCCUUGAAAUAACUUUGUUGUGAUUUGGCGCUAUAUAAAUAAAAUUGAAUUGAAUUGAAUUGAAUAGCCCAACAUGAAACAUUGGCUGUUUCUCUUUGCAAAAUAAAAAUAAAACCAUAAGAGCUAUAAUUGAGAAUACCAUAAAAUACAUGCAGUUUAGAUUUUGUGGAAAUACUGUAGAACUCCUUCAUAAAUACACUGUAUAGACCCUACUGUCUCUGUAGUAUACAUGGGAUUUUAAUUACUGUUUGUCAUUUACAACCUUAUUAAUGUGCUUAAAUGUGUCUUAAAAUAAAAUGUAAUUUAUUA